GAAGAAAAGCAAAGUCACUAAUAACCGAGUUUCAUGGCGACUCCCAAGAACACCAGGUCCAACCCUCCAACCAUAUAAAUGUCCACCAACCAACACCUAAAAUUCACUUCUCUCAUUCUCUUUUAUUUGCUCUAGUUCCUUCUGCAAAUUAUGAUCCUUGUUGUUCUAGGACAAAAGAGAGAGAAGUAGUUAACAAAGCUGAAAAUGGGUAUCUGCUUUGGAUCUCCUGCUAGUCAACCCAACACCAUCACCCCAUCAACUCCAGGGACAAGUGAAAAUCAAAGCAGGUAUAGACUUUCACAGACAAGCAGCAGCACAGGAAGAAGUCAAUUCUCUCAUUUUUCAGAAGCAACAACAUCAACACUAAGCCCAAGAUAUGAUGAUCAGGAGUCAACAGAUGGUGAAAUUUUGGAGACAUCAAACUUGAGAGUCUUCAGUUUUGCAGAUAUGAAAUCUGCUACUAAGAAUUUCAAGUCAGAUCAAAUUCUGGGUGAGGGAGGAUUUGGUCGAGUUUUCAAAGGUUGGGUGGAUGAGAAAACUCUUCAACCCUGUAAGGCUGGCACUGGAAUGAUGAUUGCUGUCAAGAAAUUAAACCCAGAAAGUGUGCAAGGCUUUCAAGAAUGGCAGUCAGAAGUGAACUUUCUAGGUAGGCUUUCUCAUCCCAACCUUGUAAAGCUAUUGGGAUACUGUUGGGAAGACAAGGAGCUACUCCUUGUUUAUGAGUUCAUGCCGAAAGGGAAUCCUAACAUUGAACCGCUAUCUUGGGACAUCAGAAUCAGAAUAGCUAUUGGAGCAGCUCGAGGCCUGGCGUUCUUGCACAGUUCAGAAAAGCAUAUUAUAUAUAGAGAUUUCAAAGCCUCAAAUAUAUUGCUUGAUGGGAAUUAUAAUGCAAAAAUCUCAGAUUUUGGUUUGGCGAAAUUGGGACCAACUGGUGGAGACUCACAUGUGUCAACUAGAAUUAUGGGGACAUAUGGUUAUGCUGCUCCAGAAUACAUUGCAACAGGUCAUUUGUAUGUGAAGAGCGAUGUGUAUGGUUUCGGUGUUGUGCUGCUUGAGAUUUUGACAGGGUUACGAGCACUUGAUACAAAACGCCCUAAGGAGCAACUUAAUCUGGUAGACUGGGCUAAACCACUUCUCCCUCAUAAAAGAAAGUUGAAAACCAUUAUGGAUGCGAGGAUGGAGGGCCAAUAUUCCUUCAAGGCAGCUUUACAGACAGCAAAUAUUACUCUAAAAUGCCUAGCACCGGAUCCUAAAAGCCGACCUUCCAUGAAAGAAGUCUUGGAAGAACUGGAACAGGUUCAGGCAAUCAGUGAAAAGCCAAAGCCAGCGUUACUAAAUACCUUUAGGCAACCUACUUCUAGUCCUCGAUCAUAUGUACUUCAAGAACCUCCUCGUCGUUCCCCGGUUCCCUCCAGGUACCAAGCCACUAGAUGAGAUGAGAAAUGUCAACCAAGCACUUGAAAAGACCAAGUAUUAAGGUUGGAUCUCACAAAUUGUAUCUUCAUACAUUGAGAUUAAUUAGAAUGUUAGGCCAGUCGAUCACCUUUUGUUCUUUUUCCCAAUUCAAUUUUUUAUUUUUUAUAGCCAUUGUUUUUAUUCAUAACAAUUCAUGUAGACAGCAAUUCAGCUGAAUCAGAUGAUAUAUUCUUCUAUAGACCACACCAGAAUCAACUUUUCUAUCUCUUUCAUUUUCUUC